AUGCGUUGGCCGCCUCUCAACCUUUUUUACGCAUUUACCAUUGUUGUCAUUGCAUUUGGGUCGAUUCCAAAAGGCUAUGAUGAGGGCGGCUUCGCUUCAGCGUCGGGGCUCAGGUCUUUUUUGACGGACUUCGGCCUCACCAGAGGACGAUGGACUGGCGACCCAUCUCAGUUAGCCACUCGAAGAGCUGUUGUCUCAUCCUUGGGAGUUCUUGGUGCAGCCAUCGGAGCUGGUAUGGCCAUAUACGUCACCGAUGUCAUUGGGCGACUUCGCACCUGGCAACUCUUCACACUUCUGUGGAUGACGGGUUUCUUUACUGUCACCUUUGCUUCGGGAAACGUUGGCGUGCUGCUGUUUGCGAGAAUCUGGGGAGGCAUUGGCGCUGGCGGCCUGACUGUUGUUGCACCGUUGUACUUGUCAGAGAUUGCAAAGGCAAAAAACAGAGGCAUGAUUGUGUCAGUAUACAUGGUUGUUCUGUUGACAACUUUGAUGCUGGGUAGGCCAACUUCACUUACCGUUAAAAUCGUCGCCUUGACACUUUACAGAGUGCUAACUUCGUCGUCAGGGUUUUUCAUUAGUUACGCCGCUCGCAGGACGAUGAAAUCAAAUCGAGAGCAAUACCGAGUUGUUCUUGCUGUGCCCCAGAUUCCCGUGGGUAUUGCACUUUUCUGCUCACUCUUUUUGCACGAUACCCCCCGCUGGCUUGCAUCCAAGAACCGGCAUAACGAGGCUCUCAUUGUCCUGGCCAGGUUGCGCAACAAGUCGAUGGAAGAUUCCGAGGUCCAGAGCGAAUACAGCGAAAUGCAGCAAGAAGUGGUGAGCAAGAAUCUCAUUCUUGCGGACACGUCGACUUGGACCAUCAUUAAGGAAGUCGCUACAGUACCCACCUAUCGCAGUCGAUUCCUGCUCGGCCUCGCGAUGCAAACAUUUGCUCAAUGGAGCGGUGGCAAUGGCAUCACUUACUACAUUCCUGAAAUUUUCCGUCUGGCCGGUAUCACAACCAACCGCGCGUUGAUCAACGCAGGUGGAUACGGCGCUACGAAACUUGUCUUCACCAUGGUGUUUACAUGGGGAUUGAUAGAUUACUUCGGCCGCCGACGUUGCUUCAUGACUGGCUUAGCCAUGCAAUGCGCAACACAUAUCUACAUGGCCAUAUACAUGGGAAUCUGGCGCCGUAGCAAUAACCAAUCUGCCUCCGCCGCAGCCAUUGCGUCUGUGUUCGUCUAUGCCAUCGGCUGGUCUAUUGGCCUCUGUACAGUUCAGUACCUCUACGGGACAGAAAUCCUACCCACGCGUGUCCGGGGAGUGUGCUAUUCGAUGAAUAUGAUGGUUCACUGGCUAUUUCAAUUCGCUGUUGUGCGAACCACACCCCCAAUGUUUCGAAACCUCGACGUCUGGGGAGCUUAUGUAUUUUGGGCACUCAUCUGCUUCAUUGGCUUGGUCGUACUUGGCAUAUGGGCGCCUGAGACAAAGGGAGUGCAAUUGGAAAGGAUGGGAGAAUUGUUUGAAGGCCCGUGGUACAAGACGUGGAAGGCCAAGUUCAAUAUCAACAGUGAUGAGGAGUCGUUGCACUUGCAAACCAGUCGGCACUCGGUAGUUCACCAGCAUGAGAAUCGUAAUAAGACAUCGGUGGGUUGA